UAAGUUUUUUUUUUAUAGCAAACAUUAUGCGAUAGGAGGAUCAAGGACUUGAAGUCUUGAAGAUAUUCUGUGAAGUACUUCCUCAGGCAAAGUCUGUGUCUGGGUUGGAUAGUUUCGAAAAAUACAAUUUUUUUGAACGAUCCGGGAAGCAAUCGCUCCAGACAAGUCUUGAGGUAUAAUUUUUAUUAACGAUGGGGUAAAUUUUUAUAUUUCUUGUAUCCUCAAUUGCAUUUCCCUGAAAUGGGAAAGUGUUACGUAGUGCCAUUUUAGUGGAUUAUACAUCGUCCUGAAUCCUGAUUGUUUGAAACGCACAAUGGAUAACAAAAUCCUUGAUUAUGCAUAAGGGUAUUCUAAGGUUAUGGCAUGAGCACCAAAUGUUUGAUAUUUAGCUUGAGUUUUGCGGCAUUGUUUCUCUUAGUAAGUUUUUAUGCUAGCAUUUUUGGGUGGCUACUCCAAGAAUUAUUUUUACUCCAAGAGCUGCUUACGAGAUGAAUUUGCUUUUGUGCAGAGUUCAAAGAAUACUUCAAUGACCCAUUCCGGCAAUAAUAUUAUCCUUAACCACAACUUCACUGAAGGGCUGAAUUCAUGGCACCACAAUUGCUGUGAAGCCUUUUUGGUUCCAGCAGGUGUUGAAAGUUAUGUUGUUAUUACAAACCGCAAGGAAUGUUGGCAAGGCUUGGAGCAAGAUAUUACAAACAGAGUUUCUAUAGGAUCCACCUAUAAAGUUAGUGCUUAUGUUGGAGUGUCUGGUGCAAUUGGGGUCUCCAGUGAUGUCCAGGCUACCCUAAAACUUGAGUAUAGAGAUUCAUCUCCUACCUAUGUUUUCAUAGGAAGGUAUCUGGUACCUCUUAUUCUGGGUACCUUUCACUUGGUUAUCUAACAAAGUAUAUUGUGACAAUGGAAAUCCUGUUCAAAUGCAGAAAAUCUGUUUCUAAAGAUUGUUGGGAAAAACUGGAAGGCACAUUUUCACUGUCUAGUAAACCUGACCGGGUUGUAUUUUAUCUGGAAGGACCUUUACCAGGAGUUGACCUACUCAUUAAAUCAGUUGUGGUUACCUGUUCUUACUCAAUAACAUGUGGAGUGAGUAAUUUAUAAUUAAUCUUAUGUUAUCACUGUUUAGAUUUGCUUCCGCGCCCCAAGUAAAAUUACAGUUUAUAUUUAAUGCUCUUUUUUAUAGUGUGUGUCAAACAAGAUAGCUAUCUUAAACUUAGUCCAAUAAACAAACGAAAGUUUGAAAUUUAACUUCAAUGGAGUUUGGAGUGUAUAAAGCUAACUGUGAAUCUAUGAUAGUAAGUUUAGUAGUUAGGACUCUGAGGUGAUGAGGUUCAAUGCAGCUGUAGAUAUGAUACUCCGUAUUUGUUUGAUUAACUAAUUGCGGUUGUAAAACUUAAAAAAUUGUGUUUAAAUAAGAUUUGAAUUUCAAAAAAUUAAUAAAAUAAUUUUAAAAAAUUAAUAAAUAGUUGUAAAAACUUAAAUAAAAGUAUACAAGAAAAUGUUAAAAAUAAAAAAUAAUUAAAUUUAAAAAAAUAAAUCAAGUUAAACUCACCUCACCGGAGGUAUCAAGCUCCGGCGGAAAAUGAUUAAAUGAGAUACGAACUUGUCAACUUCAUCUCACAAUACCGCAGGUCCGCAACAAUUAACGUCAAACACCUCUGACGGCGAUUUUACUUUGUUCUAGUGCAAAAAGCUCACCAAACUCAACACACUACUAACAGAAAGGCAGCCUAACGUUAAGUAGUUUUGUACUGUACUGAAAGUGUGCAACAUACUCCCUCCGCCCUGAUUACUUUGACAAGUUUGACCGGCCCAUGAAAUAAGAAACUAAAAAUUGUGGUUGAGGUUUGUACUGGGAUGAGAGAAUUUAUAAAAACCACAAAUUAAUUACUAAAGUGAAAGAUUUUGGGACAUUAAAAAAAGUUGGCAAAGUUAUAAGUCUUUAAUAUUACAAUAUUAACGACUUAUCCAGUGUUUGCUUGUUUUUUCCCUUAAGAUAAUUUCCAUGUAAUUGAUAGAAUUCUGGUUCACAAUCCAUCUCUUCUGGAGAAGGGAUCAUAUUGAACUCCAUAUUUGAGGAUGGCAUGAACAACUGGUCAGGGAGAGGCUGCAAGAUUCUUCUGCACGAUACUAUAGAAAAUGGGAAGGUCCGUCCAGUGUUUGGUACUGUUUUUGCACGUGCAACAGAACGGACACAUACUUGGAAUGGAAUUCAGCAAGAGAUAACAGGAAGAGUAUUGCGAAAGCUUGCCUAUGAGGUUCUUGCUACAGUUCGCUUAUAUGGUAACAAUGUCACCAGUUCAGCUGUUCGCGCAACAUUGUGGGUCCAGGUCGCUGAUCUUCGUGAGGAAUACAUAUGCAUUGCCACUGUACAAACAACAGACAAGGAGUGGUCACAAUUACGAGGAAAGUUUCUUCUUAAUGGUUUCCCAUCUAAGGUAAUUAUUUUUCUCGAGGGCCCACCCCCAGGCACUGACAUUCUCCUCAAUACCUUAACCGUGAAGCGUGCAGCUAAAGUUCUUCAAUCUCCUCUGCCAGUGAUCGAGAAUGUGGAUUUUGGUAUCAAUAUUAUCACAAACACCAACCUAAACAAUGACACAAAUGGGUGGUUUCCUCUUGGAAAUUGCACCCUCACUGUUGCAAUUGGCUCACCACUUAUAAUCCCUCCUGCGGCUAGAGAUUCUCUUGGAGCUCACCCACAGUUAAGUGGGCGCUACCUUCUUGUGGGGAAACGUACAGAGACAUGGAUGGGUCCCGCACAGAUCAUUACACAUAAAGUCAAAGUCUAUUUGACUUAUCAAGUUUCUGUAUGGGUUAGAAUUGGAAAAGCAGCCAGUGGGGCUCAGAGUGUGAAUGUUGCUCUUGAUGUGGACGGUCAAUGGGUGAAUGGGGGUCAAGUUGAGAUUAAUGAUGAUAACAAAUGGCAUGAAAUUUGUGGAUCUUUCAGGAUUGAGAAAGAAGCAGCUAAGGUUAAGGUUUGUGUUCAGGGUCCUGCUCCAGGUGUUGACUUAAUGGUUGCAGCACUUCAAAUAUUUCGAGUUGAUAGAAAGGCACGGUUUGACCACUUACGAAGAGAAACCGAUAAGAUACGCAAGCGAGAUGUCAUCUUGAGGAUCUCAGGAUCAGAAAGUUUUCAUGGGACUGCUGUGAAUGUAAGGCAAAUCCAAAAUAGCUUCCCGUUUGGUUCUUGUAUUAGCAGAGGAAACAUAGACAAUGAAGAGUACAGAGAUUUCUUUGUCAGAAAUUUUAAUUGGGCUGUGUUUGGGAAUGAGCUGAAAUGGUACUCAACAGAACCUCAACAAGGAAACAUAAACUACAAAGAUGCUGAUGAGCUCUUGGACUUUUGCAUGAGAAACAACGUUCAAGUGCGUGGCCAUUGUAUUUUCUGGGAGGUCGAGGAUGUUGUUCAGCCAUGGGUCCGUGGCCUGGACAAGAAUGACCUGUCAAUUGCUAUAAAAGCACGCCUUACAAGCCUCCUCACGCGCUACAAGGGAAAGUUUAAACACUAUGACGUGAACAAUGAGAUGAUGCAUGGCUCGUUCUAUCAAGACCGGCUCGGGAAAGAAACCCUAGCCAGCAUGUUCAAGGCUGCAAACCAAAUUGACCCUUCUGCCCUCCUAUUUGUCAAUGAUUAUCAUGUUGAGGAUGGCCGUGAUGCCCAGUCAUGCCCGGAAAAAUACAUUGACCACAUUCUUGAACUCCAGGAACGCGGGGCACCUGUCGGGGGCAUAGGUAUCCAGGGACACAUAGAUUGCCCGAUUGGACCAAUCAUUCGUCACGCUCUGAAUAAACUGGGAAUUCUCGGACUCCCUAUUUGGUUCACCGAGAUAGAUUUCUUUUCAAAGAAUGAAUAUAUUAGAGCUGACGAUUUGGAAGUUAUGCUCCGCGAAUGUUACGCUCACCCUUCUGUGGAGGGGAUAAUGUUGUGGGGAUUUUGGGAGUUAUUCAUGUCCAGGGAAAACUCUCAUUUAGUGAACGCUGAGGGGGAUCUUAAUGAGGCCGGCAAAAGGUAUGUUGCUCUUAAAAGAGAGUGGAUGUCACAUUGUCAUGGUGAUUUUAAUCAGCAGGGAGAGUUCUUCUUUAGAGGAUUUCAUGGAUCAUAUGAAGUGGAAGUCAUUGGAAGGUCAAAGGGAUUUACCAAGACAUUUGUGGUCGACAAGGGUGAGGAUGUUUUGAUGAUCUCCAUUGAUGCAUAGUUCAUAACUAUGCUUGGGAUGUACACAUUUCUAAGGCCUUAUUAUGAUCUUGUGCUUAUUUUAUCAUCAGAAGCAUACAUGCUUGAAUUAUUACUUUUUUUCAUACAAAAUGUCUAGAUUUUGUGUGGCAGAGUAUAUUUAUAGUCUUAUGGUGUAAAAAGCGAAAUUUCAAUAAAACAAUGUGAUAUUUCAAAAUAGAAAUACUAUGUUUCAGGGGCCGGAGGUAGAAAUUAUAAUUUAAACAUUAUUUGUAAUUUAUAAUCAAGAAUCUAG